AUGGAUCACGGAGCCGAGCUACUGAGGAGAUAUGAGGUCGAGGAUAUCCCUGGCCUCGAGUCUCGGAUCCAGGAGAUUCAGGACGAGAAAAAGAGAGAGCUUAACGCUGCUGAGAAGGAGUCCCUGAACAUCCAAACUAAGCUUCGAAACGAAAUUCAGCGGCUCCAGAAUGAGCUGGAGGCUAGACAGGUGGAAUCCUCCAAGACUCAGGACGAGCUUAAGCAUGCUCAAGAUCAGUUGAAAACUCAAGGAAAGGGAGCUGCCAAGACUCAGGCUGAACUUGAAGCCGCUCAGAAGCUGUUGGAAGUCCGGGUUUACACCCAAGAGCAAUACGAACAAGGCUUCAAGAAUGGCUUCAAGGUCGCUCGACGACUGGCUUUCCAUGAUGAUCCCGCCAUCAACUGGGAUUUGGCUGAGGCUUGGUCCAUGGACCCAUAG